AAUUGACCAAUCAUGCCGACCUAAACCAACCCUAAUAAAUUUCUUGCUCCACCGGCAUCAAGCUCUCAGUAUGCCUUGACAACUCGAUCGCAAAAUUUGAAGCGAUGGCCCUCAAAACGUUAAGCUUAUGCCGCCUGCUGGCCACCGCCAAGCUGGUUAUCACCCCAAGCCGCGCCUUCCGCGAGGUCACCGGCGACAUCAUCGUCCCGGGCCAGGUCAAGGGCAUCAGCUACCUGCAGGACUCCCGUCUCAACAAGGGCCUCGCCUUCUCGCUCGAGGAACGUCAAACGCUCGGCGUUCACGGCCUGCUUCCGGCGACGAUCCGCACGCUGGACACGCAGGUGCAGCUGUGUCGGACCGUGUUCAGCCGCUUCGAGGACGAUCUGAAUAGGUACGUGUACCUGAUGGACCUGCACGAUCGGAACGAGACGUUGUUCUUCAAGCUGGUGGCGGACCACAUCGAGCUGAUGCUGCCGAUCGUGUACACUCCGACGGUGGGGUUGGCCUGCCAGAAGUUUGGAUUGAUCUACCGGAAGCCAAGGGGGUUAUUUGUGACGGUCAACGAUCGCGGGCACGUGUACCAGGUGCUAAAGAACUGGCCCGAGUCGGACGUGAGGGCGAUCGUGGUGACGGACGGAGAGAGGAUCUUGGGGUUGGGUGAUUUGGGGGCUUGUGGGAUGGGCAUUCCGGUGGGGAAGUUGGCGUUGUACACGGCGUUGGCUGGGAUUAAGCCGCAUCAGUGCCUGCCGGUGACGAUUGAUGUUGGGACGAACAACGAAGAGUUCCAGAACGACCCGCAGUACAUUGGAUUGAGGCAGCCACGUGUUCAGGGCGAUGAGUAUGAUGAACUGGUCGACGAGUUCAUGAGGGCGGUCGUCAAGCGGUACGGUCAGAAUACGUUGAUUCAGUUUGAGGAUUUUGGAAAUCAGAACGCGUUUCGGCUUUUGGACGCGUACCGCGACAAGUACUGCACGUUCAAUGACGACAUCCAGGGAACGGCUGCAGUAGUGCUGGCUGGGUUGUACGCCUCGGAACGCCUUACCGGGAAGAAGAUCGCCGAUCAUACGUUUGUGUUCUUGGGCGCUGGAGAGGCUGCACUUGGGAUUGCGGACCUCGUCAUUCAAGCCAUGGUCGAGGAGGGUCUUUCAAAGGAGCAAGCGCACGAAAAGGUCUGGAUGUUUGACAAGUUGGGACUGCUCGCCAGUGAUCGCCCGGAAGGUGAUCUUGGUGGACCAAAAAAAUCCUUCAUCCGUGAUCACCAGCCUACCAAAGACUUUGCCAACUUCAUCAAAGAAGUCAAGCCGUCCGUCCUAAUCGGAGCAUCAGCCGCCGCCGGUGCCUUCACCCAAGAAGUCCUCCAAACCAUGGCCACUAACAACGCAAACCCGAUCAUCCUAGCCCUGUCGAACCCAACGGCCAAAGCCGAAUGCACCGCUCAGGAAGCAUACGAGCAAACCGAAGGCCGCUGCAUCUUCGCUUCCGGAUCGCCCUUCCCCCCAGUAGAAUUCGCCGGCAAGAUCCUCGAGCCCGGCCAGGGCAACAACGCGUACAUCUUCCCCGGCGUAGCCCUCGGAGUGAUCGCAUCCGGUGCCCACCACAUCCCGCCGGAAAUGUUUGUAAUCGCGGCAAAAGUUGUCGGUGAGAUGACCACGGACGAAGAUCUGGACCGCGGUUCGCUCUACCCACCCCUUCGUCGGAUUCCGGAAUGCUCGCUGGAGAUUGCGAUUCGGGUGAUCGAGUGUGCUUACCAGAGGGGGAUCGCGUCGUUCUAUCCGGAGCCGGAGGACAAGAGGGAGUUUGUGCGGUCGACGCAGUACUUUGCGCGGUACGAGAGUGCCCUUCCGGUGACGUGGCCAUGGGCGGAGCGUAGAAGGGGGGCAGCGUCUGUUAUGAAACUAAAUUCACCCGCGUGUGGAGGAAAGGCCAGAGGUUGAUUUUUUUUUUCUAAAAUUUGAAUAAAUUAAACA